GAACUCGACGCAGUGCUAAGCGGUUGGAUAAUUCUAUGGAUUAUUACCCAAGUUACAUUAUGACAUUCCAUCUAAUGGAUAUAUAUUGACAACCUCAGGAAUAUCACUAAUAGGGCUUCAAAAAUAAAAGAGAAUCCAAGAGCGAAAUUGUCGUCUGCUAUUGAUCGAUUGGAGCAUAGCCUAGCGGCGUAACUGGACUCUACAUUUCUGAAACGCGUGAAUUGGGACUGCGUUUGGUGCGCUAUGAAAAGAAGCGAUUCGUACUACAGAGAUACUUACUUCAUUUUAACACACUCUGAACUGGAAAGUCGGUGAAAAUAAUGAUUAUCAUCAACGUUCUGCGACAUUUUGUGCAAGCCCCUGGACGGUUAAAGUCAUGAAUGGAGUGUCUCUGUCAUCGGGCAGUCCAGUCGCCUCUCCUGGCUUUACAACCGCACUCCCCAUCAUUUCUCAACCAAACCAAGGAUUACAUUUUAGUGAACAUAUACCAAACAUAGCUAGGACUAUUCAAGUAAAGGCACCGACCAUGGGAAGAAGGGAACGCAAAUUAAGGAAUUACAAGCGGUUACUACGACGGGCGCGAAGAAAUCGUGCCAGUGAACCGUGCAGGAUGUACGCGGGUGUUGGGUCGUUUCUUAGGAUCCAUACAAAUGGAACAGUAGACGGCGAAUUCUCAAAAAACCCAGGCGAAUUAAGUAUAGUACAGUUCAUAGGAUUAGCAACGGCUAUAGGGCUAGUGCGAAUCAAAGGCGAAGUCAGCAAAAACUACCUCUGUAUGAAUAAAAAGGGAAUAUUAUAUGGCCAUCCGAAUAUGACGGAUGAAUGUGUAUUCCAGGAGCACCAGGAGGAUAAUCAUUACAAUUACUACUCCAGCCAUAAAUACAGUAAAAAGAGCGACCGACGGAGAGGAAGACGGAAAAAGAAAGGAACGAAAUUCUGGUUCGUGGCGCUGAAUAAAAACGGGACAUCUCGGCCGGCUCAUCGGAGUCGUAUGGACCAGAUGUUUACAAAAUUCCUAUUAAAUAGAUGCAAAAAGAUUGUUGUGUCUGAACCGGAUGGACCUUUUGAUAUCACUAAGUUCACAUGGCCGCCGUCAGGUGGAACUUUUGAAGGGAAGAUUGGGGGAGGGUUAGAUACUGAAAAGGAUAUCGAAGAGGAGGAAACGGAACAAGGGAAAAAGGGGAAGGGGAAAAAGGGACGCUGUAAGGGGAAAAGGAAGGGGAAGAAAUGUGGCAGGGGGAAAAAAGAUAAGGAUAAGAAGGAAGGGGAUACUGAAGAAAAGGAGGGCAAAGAGAAGAAAGACGACAAGGAACGAAAGAAAGAUAAAAGUAAGAAUGAGAACGAAACGAGUUGUAAACGAAGAUGGCGGAAUAGAAAGAAUCGCAAGGAUUACGUGGAUGAAGAGACGGCGGUAAAGCGGCGAAAACGCUGCAAGGACAGGUUAAGAAUUCAGCGCUUGAAAGAUCGACAGGCGAAAAAGGAGGCGAAAGAAGCGAAGAAAAGAGCGGAGAUACCUGUGGCUCCUGUCAUUGUGACGACGGCCAGUGUAGAAGUGAAAGUGGUGACGACUCCUAAACCGGUAACGACGACGAGCACAACGACCACAAUGAGUACGACGACCACAACGAGCACGACGACAACAACGAGUGUGGCAGAGUCAUUACCACCAGCGACAGAAUCUGAUCUCAAAUUGCAAUCUAAUCGCUUCAGUGCAGCCAAUGGUGCCGCCACAGACUUCAGAAGCGUGUUUGAAAAUUUGAUUAAGGUGAUACAGAUAAACAAUAAGGAGAUGUUGUCGAAUUUCUCCAGUGUGAACGGCGGUUUGGCUUCCAUGCUUCGCUCGGGCCGGCAUAGUGGCCAACAGGGUGGGUCUGGAUCCACCGUCAGUGGUGCUUCUUUAGGCGUGGAACAUAAACACAGACAUCAUCAUGGUGACGAUGGGCGCAGCCGGCACGAGCGUGCGCUCUCGGACUCGCGAGAGGGAGCCGAGACUCUCUCGGACUCAAAAAGUGAUCUGAAAAUGAUGGAUACACAGUCAUCUGAAACGGGUUUUAAAACAGAUCUGGUGAGUGAUUCAAUGGACGCCGAAUCUAAACAACUUGUUACCUCACGGGCAUCGCCUGCCAAGAAGGCAGAAUCGUCGCAAUUCGACCUUUUGCUGAAGGUGUUGAAGGAAUUGGAAAGCCAAAAUGGCCGAAACAGACCCGAUGGGUCAAAAGACAAUUCUGAUAGUGAUAAUUUUAGAACAGGUGUUCUGAUUGUAGGGAAUGGACCCCGGACGCCAUCUUGGCGGCAAAGACUCCGAAGGAAACAUCGGAACAAAUCAGACAGUGAUAUAGACGCUAAACAUUUGAAUAUCUGAUGACCUGUUAAAAGUGUCUCAAAUGUCAUUUAUACUGCCAAAAACCAAAGCCCACCACAUAGGUGGACAAACCUCAUUAGUGGAACAUGUACCAGCGCCGCAAUCUCUAGCGUCGUAUACAUUCAAUAUCAAAGUUUCAUCGUCUGCUUCAGUAACCGUCUACCGGCGCAUGCGCGACCGGAAAUACGACCAUGUAUUUAUGUGCCUCUAUACAACAACGGUUAAUUUAUUUAUUUACUUCUAUAAUUAAGUUAUUGUGUAUUUAUUAUGGUAUUUAUUGAAGCGGAUGAUCAUGUAAUAUUUCGACUUGACAUUGCCUCUUCGGUCUCUGAACUUGGUGAAUUUUAAUUAUCGACGAUGGGCACUUUUGACCAUAAACAAAACACACAAUUUUCGCAUCUAUUUCACUAUGAAUGUCCGUUUCACAAUCGGCCAGCCUCGAAAUUUUCAGUAAGACUUUUGAAAUAGUUUCGUCUAAAACCGUCGAGGCAGGUCAAUAUCUUUUAAUUCGGUGCACAAGGGACAAUUUAUUAUUCCCGCGUCGUAAGCAGACAGACGGACCGAAGAGGCAGUGUUAUCCAGGGCUUAUAAUACUAGGCUUGAAGUAGAUCCGGGGUGUUAGUUCGCGGCGGCGGCGCUGUAGGCGACCUGUACAUUCCUUGCAAUCUCAUUGGUUAUGCAAAUGAUGUCAAAUAUCACGUGAUGUUUUCGUUUGAAAUGUUCCAGGGUAGAAAGAUUCAAAGGAUUCGGGCGAAGGUAACACCGCUGGAAGUUCAGUAUGUCUAUACCUAGCCUAAUACCAUUAGGCACCACGGGUAAUACUAAUGGGCAUUAGCUGUGUAAUUUCGACCCCUAUUUUAACAAUCCAGGAUAAAGGGUGCCAUAUCGCGCCUUAAACUGUCCUUUGCACGUAUGGUUUCGGAUUUACUGGGUUUUUAAAGGACAGUGUGUUUAUUUAUGGAACAUUCAUAUCAACAGUAUAUAGGCCUAUAUCAUUCGAUAAAAUUAAUUCUUAAUGACGAGGCUGGGUAUCUCAAACCUAAAAAAAACUAAACAGGUGCAGCGUUAGUCCUGGCGUUAUCUUUUAAAAUGAAAUGCUGAAGAUAACGUCAUGUAACGUUGAUUACCUGUUCCGUGUUGAGCGCUGUCAUGCCGUUUUGGGUUCGCAGAUUUUGUGCUUUCCUGUUCAGUACUCGACUAUUGGUUCAAAAGAAGAAUUCGGAAUCAGCUAUACCCGUGUACGAUACUCGUAUAACUGUAGUAUCCACGGCCGAAAAAUACUGUGCAUUUGACCACGUGUCGGCACAGCUCGAUCAAGCUAUUUCCUUUAAACGCCGACCGAGCUACGCCGUGGUAUCUCCAUGGCAUAGUCGAAUCAGGGAGUUUCCGGGGGGUUUUCGCCCGAUUUGGCGACAACUCCCUAAAUUGGCUACAACUCGCAGAACGGCGAUCCUUGCCUGUCUGGUAAGAGCCAUGCGAUUUCAGUGGCUGACGGGACGAGUAGGCUCGUACAUGUAGCUGUGCCCGUGAGACUGAAGUAAUAUUGGUGUUUGGCUAACACCUGGCCUAUUGUUUUUGAUGGCGGAGCAUCGCGAGAAUGGGCAGAAGCGGUUGGGUCGGGGAUUCGAAGCACGGGUAUUUCAUUGCUGGUGCAUUGACCGUUGAGGUACUGUUUGUUCCGGAGCAGGAACUGUUCACUGCCGUUUUGCUAUCUAUAUCCAUAUACCAUAUCCUAAAUAAAAAUUGAAGGUCACCUGUAGAUUUCAUAUAUUGUAACUACACAUUUUAUGACGUCCUUCAAAUUUCAUUUGAGAUGCAUAAGGUAGCGAAACAUGUAAAGUUAAUGUAGUGUGUUCCACCAUGCUAGACCCGAUUCACCUGUGCAUUAUAUACUGUACAUUUUACAGGUAUUUGGGUGUAGUUAGGAUGGCAGCACUGUUGUACUUGUGUCAUAACAUAUUCUAAUCAAAGAAUUAAGGAAAGAUGUAAAAUUCAAAAUUUCAGCCAGUGAGUCUGGUCAUGUAAAUGAUGUAAAUAAUGCAAUGGAUUUACAUAUACUAUGUAAAUCCAUGAUAAUCCAUUGGACAGUGUUCAUCAGUCAUUCUAUUAUAGAGAAAUGAGACUGUAUCGUCAGACACCAUGUACAUGUUACAAACAGUGAACGAAAUUCUGUCAUUUUUGUGCGAUACCAUCAUCCUCAGUACCCAUACCACGUAGUAUGACGUCAACUGUCAGCGUUUUUUUUCGUCAAUGACGUUAAUUCACGUCGAUGAAGUAAUUUAAAAACUUCUCUAAAAAUCGUCUGCACUGGACACCUCGCUUUCUUAUUUCUAGUUACAAAUGCUUUAAAAUGACUUAAAUCUUGAUUGCGUUUGUCUGAUUAGUCUGUGUUCCGUCCGAACGAAAGAUUUCCCUCCGUCGGCAUGUUGUGGUGAGGAAUUCAUAUGGCUUUUUAGUCUUGGAACUAAAAGUAGAUUUUCAUCCUUUAGAAAAACCGAGUGGUUUCAGCUGAGGUUUCAAAUAUAAACUACUGUGGAGGCCAGCGUAAGAUGCUUGCCGACAUCUUGGUGGUGCUUGUAAUAUAGAGGCUUGAUCGAUUCCAGUACGGUUGUCACAGGCCUUUGUGGCAAGUUGCAAAUUGCCAAGACAAUUAAGUGGAUAAGAAAUUAAUCCAAAGCUCGUGAAAACCACGCGGCUUCUCGUCGCUGUUGUGGAAACCGGCGGUAGAGCCAGUUUCUUUCGUGGGACAGUAGUUCUAUCUGGUUUUGGGUACUGCAGAUGAAGGUGUCAUACUUCAUCGUUCUGUCGUAAAAAUACAUAUCAGAAUAUGAGUAGGAACAUUUAUUUUUGUGAGAAACUUAACACAACCUGUGCUUCCCAUGUUUCUUGUUAAGUAUUGAAUAGAACGGGUUUCAAGGUUGUCAAUUCGGAGGCAGUGUGUCUCUGGUUCAGGAUGGUCGUAGUCAAAAGAAAAUAGCCACCCAUUUUCUGUCAAUGUAAUAUUAGGAAUUUGACAUGGGACAAUUUGAAGGGGGUGGGGGUGGUAUACAACAGAUAUAAAUCAGUGCACUACUUGAUAAGAACGGAUUUUGUUGAUGUGAUGGUUAUUUACUUUUGAGCCAGACUGUAGAUGGCACUGAGGUAUUUUUUUCACGCGAUUCUUUUAAGUUCAUCUCACAUUGUCACUUGCGAAUGGUAACGUUACAUAAAAAGAAAAAAAAUACAACGAAUGAUCAAACUUUGGUCCGAGAUGUUCGUACUGUCUUCUGGACGAGAUUUGAAAAGAUGAUCGAUUUUGAUUUUCGAAAAUUGUCAGCGACUGUUUCGAUGUUGAAUACGGAGGGAGGUUAAUAAAUGCAAGAACCGGCAACAGCCCCUUGCGAUGGACUAACUCGGCAACUUGCCUUAUUUUUGUCCAAAAAACAGUUUUGGCGGAUCAUCAUAUUUCGGAUGACCAAGGAAAAACGCUAUCAUGUUAAAUUCCAUUGCUUUAUCUGGUAUAAUCCUUCGGAUUUCCAAAUUUAUGUUGCGGGACGUUUUUUCUGGGACACCCGAUAUUUAACUAGAUUCUGCAUUUUUUACCUCAGAGAGUUAACGAAGCACUCUGACGUGUGGUCGGAUCUGGGAAGUUUCUUAACCUCUCUUUUAAAAUUUGUCUCCACUUGUUGCCGGAAGCUUUGAUCUGUCUGUGUGAUCACGUAACGAUGCCCCACCCUCACACCCGACACCAACACCCGGAUAUAGAAUAUUUUUGUAUUUGGCGAUACCGGUUUUCCGGGGGUUGAUGUUGGGGGUUAAAAGUGGUUCGAAAUUGACACACAAGAGUAUUUAGAACACUUGACGAAAACGCUUGUUUUAGCUUAGGCGGACGCCGCGUCAUGAUGACGUCAGUUCCUGUUGGACGAGUAUACCUCAUGGCCUUGACCCCGUGGUUACCGUGACACACACUUCCAUGAUGUCUCGUGUUCAGAUGUGUCACGUGUAGCCUCGGGACGGUCACGUGACCAGUACACAUAAUCAGUCAGUAUCCAUCAAUAGUCAGAUUUUGCAAGCUUAUGUUUUGACUCACGUUGUACGUUUUCAGCAAUUUUGUGAGCUCGUGAUCAAAAGUUUUUUCGCAAUGCGGUGUGUCAAUCGGUCAAGGCGAAAUAUUCAAUUAUCUAUUCCUCCAUGAAUCGGAAAAGUUAUGAUGAUUUGAGCAUUUCAAACGUUAUCUAUAAUCGUAAGCUUGCGAAACUUCACUGUUGUUACGUUGCCCCUCUGAACUGUAUGUUGUAAAUAUUGUUUUCUAUCAAAAAUAUGUUAAAUUUUAUAAUUUCCUAUUGCAAUGUA